AUGCCGACAGCCCUUCCCUAUCCCACCCCGUUGACGGACCCGUCAAAUUCUUCGUCGCCCCCCCUUAGCCAUUGUUCAAGCAGCCAUUCUUUCUCGCUCCCCCAAUUUCCUCCAGACAUCACCGAUCCCAUCCUUGAAGAAGGUGACAAGGAGUCUGGCACCGACUCGCCCAUUGAGCCGGUCACUCCUGUCAGCGGAGGGCGCCACUCAAGAGAUUUUUCCACUGUGCACCACAGCCAGUACCACGACUAUCAGCAAGCGCUUCAGAAAGUGCACUCGGCCCAGAACCCCCCAGCCUUUACUCACCACAAGGCUCCUUUAUUCCUCUCGAAAACAGCUGUACCUUCAGAAUCUCCCGCCGGUCAUAUUCUCGGUCAUCUUGCUGCCACACCUCAUCUUCAGGUUCCUGAUCAGGAACCACAGCGGCAGCAGCAGCAGCAGCAAGAGCAGCAGCAGCAGCCGCCACCAUCACAGCCCACGCUACGACGGCGCUCCGCCAACAGCUCUAGGAGCAAUCUCAGGAGAAAAAUGUCGCGGCUAUUCCGGCGUAGCAACUCCACCCUCGAGAAAGAUAGAGAAUAUGCCGUGACGGAUUCUCACGCGCCAGUUUCCGAAUCUGCCCCUCAGUCGAGUAGUUUCGUCAACACCCAUGGAGUCAUGACUCCUCGCUGCCCAAAUGGCGUCAAGUCAUGGACGACUACUCGGUCAAACUCGCCGCCUUCGCCCGGAUCGCCACUGGAAAUGGCCCCCUCGCAUCGCGUCAACAGUGGAAUCACCAGUGGGUCGUUGCCCAAUCCUGCCGACUUUAAGAAGAAUCGAGCAUCCACUGGACUUACUCUGCGAGGCCGCGCCGUCAACUUUGUCGGGGCUACCAUAGGUCGUGGGCAUCGGCCACCAAAGACUCCACGACGAGCGAGCAGUUUUGACACGGGCGACAGACCAAGCGGCGCGCCCCUCCCGAAACACGUCGACGAGGAGAAGAUGUACCCCCCUCAACGCCUCCCCUGGCCGCUGCCUCCAGACGCGGGGACUGGCGCCAAGGCCCGUCGCAUGAGCCUAAGCCUGCCGGACGAUUUCACUGUUGACGUGGCCGAACUCCUGACCGAGUUUGAGUACCAGAGCAAGCUUUUGGGUCGCCACGGGAGGCAUCUCGGCAAGGGCGCCGCAUCCAAGGUGACUCUGAUGGGCCGAAAGGGAUGCCCGGGCGAGCUGUACGCGGUCAAGGAGUUUCGAGGCAAGUCGAACAGGGAAAGUCAACAAGACUACGAGAACAAGAUCAAGUCCGAGUACAGCAUCGGCAAAAGCCUGCACCACCCCAACAUUGUGGAGACGAUCCGGCUCUGCACGGACCACGGCCGAUGGAACCACGUGAUGGAAUACUGCUCCGAGGGCGACCUCUUCAGCCUGGUGCAAAAGGGGUUUCUCAAGGGGGAGGACCGCAAGAAGGACCGGCUGUGCCUGUUCAAGCAGCUGAUACAGGGCGUCAACUACUUGCACGCCAACGGAAUCGCGCAUCGCGACAUCAAGCUCGAGAACCUGCUCCUCACCAAGGACAGCAAGCUCAAAAUCACCGACUUUGGCGUGUCCGAGGUCUUUAGCGGGACGCACCCGGGCCUGCGAGAAUCCGGGGGCCAGUGCGGGCAAAACAUGGGAGAGGUGCGGCUGUGCGCGCCCGGAAUCUGCGGCAGCGAGCCGUACAUUGCGCCCGAGGUGUUGGAGAAGAAGGAGAGCUAUGAUCCGAGGGCGCUGGACGUGUGGGGCUCGGCCAUUGUCAUGAUUUACCUCACCUUUGGUGGCGCCAUAUGGUCGCGCGCCGAGCGUGGCAACCUCCACUACGACAAACUGGUCAAGGGCUGGGACAAGUGGUACAGCAAGCACUCGGAGCGCGACGCGUGCAUCACGGACACGGACUACCCCAACUGCUACGCCCUGGACGUUGGCGUUAACCCGCCGGCUCUGCGGCGCAUCCUGCUGCAAAUGCUGAAUCCGAACCCCGGCAAGCGCAUCACCAUCAACGACGUGGUCAACAAUCGGUGGAUGAGGAAUGUGGAGUGUUGCCAGCUGGAGUCGUAUGAGGAACACAGUCAGAUUAUCGACGCCACCAAGAAGGAUACGUGCAACAAGGGCUCGGCCAGGAAGAUUUUCUGCCACAACCACCUCCCUCCCAAGACUUCUGGAUCGCACUCACUCGGCAAGAUGCCGGGCAGUGCUGGAUACUGA